AUGCAUCAGAAAUUUGACCAGUACCUUGUCUCCGUGAACCCCGACGACAAUUACAAAAUUGUUGUGUUUGACCCCGAUAUCCGUGUGUUGGACGGUAGAAUUCUAGAUCCCAUGUGUCGCAACCCGGCCGAUCCCCACCGUGUGUCCGACCAACUUCUCAGAUGGCAUUUCCGCCAAUCAGUUCUUGCAAAUAUGAGAGGAGAAGGGGAACCGAUCUUCGAGCAUGACUUCCCACCGGGGACUGAUAUGGUAGGGGAGAUCCUUUCUGGUCCGUAUGGGCAAGAAAGAUUUGAGUUGGAGAUAGCUGCUAGGUUG